AUGGUGCACUGUGCCGGCUGCAAAAGGCCCAUCCUGGACCGCUUCCUCUUGAAUGUGCUGGACAGGGCCUGGCAUGUCAAGUGCGUCCAGUGCUGUGAAUGUAAAUGCAACCUGACCGAGAAGUGCUUCUCCCGGGAAGGCAAGCUCUACUGCAAGAACGACUUUUUCCGAUGUUUCGGUACCAAAUGCGCGGGCUGCGCGCAGGGCAUCUCCCCUAGCGACCUGGUGCGGAGAGCGCGGAGCAAAGUGUUUCACCUAAACUGCUUCACCUGCAUGAUGUGUAACAAGCAGCUGUCCACUGGCGAGGAGCUCUAUAUCAUCGACGAGAACAAGUUUGUCUGCAAAGAGGAUUACCUAAGCAAUAGCAGUGUCGCCAAAGAGAACAGCCUCCACUCGGCCACCACGGGCAGCGACCCCAGUUUGUCUCCAGACUCCCAAGACCCGUCGCAGGAUGAUGCCAAGGACUCGGAGAGCGCCAACGUAUCCGACAAGGAAGGGGGCAGCAAUGAGAAUGAUGACCAGAACCUGGGCGCCAAGCGGCGGGGGCCCCGCACCACCAUCAAGGCGAAGCAGCUGGAGACUCUGAAGGCAGCCUUUGCUGCCACUCCCAAGCCCACGCGCCAUAUCCGGGAGCAGCUGGCUCAGGAGACUGGCCUCAACAUGCGUGUCAUCCAGGUCUGGUUCCAGAACAGACGCUCCAAGGAACGGAGGAUGAAGCAGCUGAGCGCGUUGGGAGCCCGGCGCCACGCCUUCUUCCGCAGUCCGCGCCGGAUGCGGCCGCUCGUGGACCGCCUGGAGCCGGGCGAGCUCAUACCCAACGGACCCUUCUCCUUUUACGGAGAUUACCAGAGCGAGUACUACGGGCCCGGGGGCAACUAUGACUUCUUCCCGCAAGGCCCCCCGUCCUCGCAGGCUCAGACGCCGGUGGACCUGCCCUUCGUGCCGUCGUCCGGGCCCUCCGGAACGCCCCUGGGCGGCCUGGAGCACCCGCUGCCGGGCCACCACCCGUCGAGCGAGGCGCAGCGGUUCACUGACAUCCUGGCGCACCCCCCCGGGGACUCGCCCAGCCCUGAGCCCAGCCUGCCCGGGCCUCUACACUCAAUGUCGGCUGAGGUCUUCGGGCCCAGCCCGCCCUUCUCAUCACUGUCGGUCAACGGCGGGGCGAGCUACGGGAACCACCUGUCUCACCCGCCCGAAAUGAACGAGGCGGCCGUGUGGUAGCGGGGUCUCGCACGGUCCGCGGAGUUCGUGGUUGUACAGAAAUGAACCUUUAUUUAAGAAAAAUAGAAAAAAGAAGAAAAAAAAAACAUAAAAGCAAGUCACCCCCCCCCACCCCAUACACACACACUUCCUUCAGCCUCGGGGACCAUUUUCCGUCUGGCGAGUCCAGACGGGAAAGGGGGACAAGAAACAGGAUCCAAAUCCUCCUGGAAGUAGAACUGGGAUCCGUGCUCUGACUGGCAAGGUGCAGAACUGGGGCUCCGGAAGGGAUAUUCAGACGUCUCCCCAUCUUCCACCUGGACCCGGAUCCAGGGGCAGACUCUUCGAGCCUGCGCACCUGGCCAGAGGGCUGCAGAGAAAUAGCCACGGAGGCGGCGAGGGCGCACAGCCAGUGGUGACGCCGGGAGCCGCGGGGAGGGAGGCCGAGAGGCGCAGCCGGGUGAGGGAGGUGGAGCAGCCCGGGGCGCUCUCGGGCCAGCCAGGAGGGUUCUGGCUCUGGGAAAUUCACUAGUGUUGUCUCAGAGUUCAGCAACAGCGACAACAAACUCUUAUAGCUUCAGAAACGCCGACCUGCUGUGCAUCAGGUGGGACUAUAUAUAUAUAUAUAUAUUUUUUGUCUAUCUGGGUUUUUGGUUUUUGUUUUUGCCAAAAUUGCAAAAUUCUAAAUGUAAAGCCCUCAGUAUCAACUCUUCUACCUUCACAAAGCUCUACACACACACACACACACACACACACACACACACACAGAUACACACAGACACCCUCGAUAAGGAUGGUCUCUAGCCAGACCUCAGUAAAAUGACUUGAACAUCAACCGUACAAGAAAGUAUUCUACCUUCACACAUACAAAAAAAAAAAAAAAUUAAAAAAAAAAAGACUAUUGAACUAAAAACAGUCAACUGUUUACGUAUAAUGUUAAAUUCAGGAGUUCAGUGUUUUAUUAAUAUAUCCUGUUUUGAAACCUCUUGUUCAAAAACAAAAUGUUUUGAGCAAUCAACCAAAAUUGUUCAUUUUCUUUUCCUGUAGAUGUUCUGACAGAUUUGCAGGGCUCGCAGCUCACUGUGCUAGUAUGUAAAAAGGUGUUGUUUACACAAGGCAAAGAGAAAACAUGAUAUUCAGACACUUGCCAAAUAGAAUAAUUAUAGCACAAAUACUGUAAAGGUGCCUGGCACCACAACCUGAGAAAGUGUUAAAAAAAAAAAGAAAAAAAGUGUUACAAGGUUUAAAAAAAAAACAUCUUUGCUAAUUUUUAGUCCUGUUGAACAUUCAUGGAAUUGUUAAUAUGACUUAUAUAGACCCACACAGGUUUUAUUUUUGUGUCUUUAAAAUAAAAGUCCAAAAUAUUUAAAUUUUAUGGUCAAAUAUGCAGUCAACAGCUGCUACUUUUUUCUUUAUAUAUUAAAUUUCUCAUAUGUCUUUUAUUGUUCUGAUAAACCUAAGCUUGUGUGACCUCCAGUGCAUAUUAGACCAUUCACUGUAUGAAAGAAAACAUGUUGAAUAAAUUUGUGAGUUUUUAAUAAAAAUAGAAAAUCUGAUGUUUAGA